AAAAAGGGAACAUCAAAGUGGACUCUAUUUCUUAGCUAAAGGGAGACCGACAAGUCUCUCUCUUUCUCUCUUCAAUCCAAAAAAGGGAUCAUUUUAUCGAUCGUGUCGAAAACUCCAUUUCUCAGAAUCUUAGAUUUUAACCCAAAUUGAGAGGCUAAUGGCUGUAGCUUCUGAUCAAGCCACCAGCAUCUGCAGUCACUGUGACAGAGCAAUUCCUUCCACCAAUAUUGAUCUUCAUUUUGCUCACUGCUCCCGGAAUCUUGAAAAAUGUAAAAUCUGUGAGGAUAUGGUUCCUAAAAAAUUUGCGGAGGAACAUUUCUUGAGCACUCAUGCUCCGGUUGCCUGUUCGUUGUGUAGCGAGACAAUGGAACGUGAGAUUCUUGCUGUUCAUAAAGGUGAAAAUUGCCCAAAAAGGAUUGUGACAUGUGAUUAUUGCGAGUUUCCUUUACCUGCGGUUGAUUUAUUCGAGCAUCAGGAAGUAUGUGGGAACCGAACAGAAUUAUGUCAUCUUUGUAGCAGAUAUGUUAGACUCCGCGAAAGAGAUGUUCAUGAGAGUAGAUGCAAUGGAAUCAUAAGUAAUGUUGCCGAAUCUUCCAGGAACACGCACGCAGCUGAAAGAGAUCGUGGUCCUCCAAGAAGGCAGCCACAAGAGUUCACCAAAAAGCGGCUUCUGUUUACAAUCGCGAUAACAGGCAUUGCUGUUUUAUUAGGCUCACUUCUUUUCCAGAGGAAAGUCUAGCGGGCUCAAGUGCACUAAUACUGAAGACGCUGUCGGCAGGCUCUGCCUUUCAUCUGUCAACUGAUACCUCAAAUCACUAGAAUUUCUUACUAUCAGAGUCCUAUAAGUAAUAACCAUAUGCCUAAAAUUUCCAUCUGUACAAGUAGUUAAUAUGUGAAUCCAUUUCUUAUGAGAUGAGUUGGACUGCCUACGGGUUUAUGUAAAGUGGAAGUUGAUCAAUCUGUAUCUUUAGUGGUAGUGAAAAUAAUGUAACUGCCUUUUUGAAAAUUUGUCCGUAAUAAAGUUGAAGCAAUGGUGUUUGUGUC